AUGCUGGACUUUAUGGAUUACGUCCAGCUUGCCUUUGCAGAGGCCACGAAUUGGAACACCGACAAUUCGUACUCGGCCCUCACAACCACUGCGCAGUCGAUUCUAGAAUUCGAGACGCCCGAACGAUUUCGUGUGCGACUUUCUUCAUUAUCCACACCACAUUUUGCCACCAGCUAUUCACUGGGUACCGUUGGCUUGCUUGAUGGAUCUGUGUCGUAUCUUUUCAGCACUGUGCCCUUAUACAACACUCCGAGCCGCAGUGCCCUGAUCCCCCUUCGAAAGAUCUCUCCAGGAUACCGACAAGUACAACCCCCCGAGGCGCCAGUCCUUGCGUGGGGGUGGAACUCGCUGCUGGAAGAUGUGAACAUCCCUGGACUCUACAGCGGUAAACGCUCGACAACUGGGACACAAAAGGAUGGACUCCAGACAUCAGAGGACGCAGCUCAGCGAAAGGCAACCCUCCUACAUGCGUCCCUCCAUCUUCCAUCACCCACCACACUGUAUGCGCUGUUUCUGCGCCGACUGUCUCCCACAACUCAGCUGUCGCUCGCAGUUUGCUCCACGCGUGGACCUCCUAUGUCCAAGUCUGCACCGCAGGCGUCCAUGCUGGCUCAAUUGUCUCAUGAUACCGGAAAGUAUUGUCACGAAUACCUCUUCAGCACGGACAAUGCGCUGUUCGGCUGGCGAGGAUUGUGGAAUUUUGGCGCUGAUCCCCGAUACGCCCCUGCCAAUGCGCCUCCUCGCCUCUCUCUACUGUCUGCCGGUGCCGAGGCAUACUACUCUCCAUACUCUCCCGCUGCGACUCAAGCGCCUUCUGCUUCCUCGUCAUCUUCCUCCAUUCAACCCACGCCAAUAUCGACAUUCCCCUACACUUUGACAUUGACGCUCACUCCCAUCACUGGUUCCCUAUCCACGACAUACUCAUUACGUGCUUCGCCGAAUCUUUCUUUCAGUUCAAGAUUUGGAUUCAACGUGUAUAGCUGGGAAAGCGAGAUGGUUGCAGGAUGUGAGCUCUGGCGGCGAUCUAGAAAGACCACAACGCCUCCCGAAGAUGAUGGAUUAGAAUGGGCCCGUCGCAAGAUGCGCCUUUAUGAUUCUCUUACGCCCCUUUCAGGCUCCCAAUCAGAUCCUUUGCAUGUGUCUGACCCGCUCCAAUCUGCAUCCGUGACCGGCUCAGAGGCAGAUUCCCAGGGCGACGAGGCUAGCGAUUCUGUCAUCAAGCUUCGGGUUGAUCAGUCUUGGAACGUACGACUGCUCUGGGAAGGCCGUGUCAAGGAGUUAUUAGUGAGCGCGGGUGUUGGACUGGGUCCCGGUUCUUUUUCAAUAGCACCCAACGUCUCGUCCGUUGCCGGGAGCGGGUCGGUACAAAGUGGAGGCGGCGCCCCUGCUACGUCGUACUGGCGUGGAGUUGGGGUGUCGGUCAUGUACUCAUCGCCGGAGAUCACGUCUGCAAUUGAUGAGGGUUCCGAUGUCACCUUGGCCAAAGACUACAAGUGA